GUGAUAUAAAUGCAUCACCUAUAAGCUGCUGGCAAACCAGGCACAGCCUGCAGCAAAAGCUCCAAGGAGAACCAGGACAAAUUGUUAGGUUCCCCGAAGAUUCAAAAUGGCUAAGAAAGUAAUAAUAGUGGCCCUUGCAGUGCUGCUGUUAGCAUGCCUCGCCAUAUUUCUGGGUGUUUUCUUUGGCCUGAAGAGCAACAGAGCCAAUGGCUCCUGGAAAGCAGCAGUAGCAGCAGAUGCGGGCCCCUGCUCAGAGGUUGGCAGGGACAUUCUCCUGAAAGGAGGAUCUGCAGUGGAUGCCUCAAUAGCGUCGCUGCUAUGUGUUGGAUUAAUAAAUGCUCACAGUAUGGGCAUAGGAGGAGGUCUUUUCCUCACCAUCUAUGAUGCAAAAACUGGAAAGGUUGAGGUAAUUGAUGCACGGGAGACGGCGCCCCACAAUGCAACGCAGGACAUGUUUAAAAACGACACAAAUUUAUCCCAGAAAGGAGCGUUGUCCAUCGCUGUUCCCGGAGAGCUUCGGGGUUACGACAUGGCCCACAAACGAUAUGGCAAACUGCCCUGGAAAGAUUUGUUUCAGCCAAGCAUCGAGCUUGCAGAGAAAGGAUUUCCAAUGGGCAAGGCGAUGGCGAUCGCGAUUGAUAGAAACAAGGAACUCAUCGUGAAUGACACAGCCCUCUGUGAAGUGUUUUGCGCGAAAAACGGCAGCGUGUUGAAAGAAAAUGACAUCAUUAAAUUCACCAGGCUGGCAGGAACAUACAGGAAAAUCGCCGAGAAAGGAGCAGAGGAGUUUUAUACAGGACAACUGUCAGAUGAGCUUGUGAAGGAUAUUCAGGCUGCAGGCGGCAUCAUCACAAAGGAAGAUCUGAGGGAUUAUGAGCCUGUCUUGGAUGAAAGCCCUUUAAGGGUGAAUGUGGGGGAGUACGCCAUGGUUGUUCCCAAUGCCCCCGCUAGCGGCCCUGUGCUAUCGCUGAUAUUAAACAUCCUGAAUGGAUACAACUUCAGCGCAGACAGCAUGGCGACCAAGGAGAAAAAGAUCCUAACUUUCCACCGCAUUGUGGAGGCCUUUCGCUUCGCUUAUGCAAAGAGAACUUUGCUUGGCGAUCCAAAGUUUCUCCAGAUUGAAGAUUUGAUCAAGAACAUGACCUCCACUUCGUAUGCUGACGUCAUGCGGGCGAAGAUUACGGAUGAUACCACCCAUCCCAUGGAGUACUACGAGCCACAGUUCUGGCUUCCUGAAAACCACGGGACGUCUCACCUGUCCGUCGUUUCAGAGGAUGGGAGUGCGGUGGCUGCCACCAGCACCAUCAACCACUAUUUGGGCUCCAAAGUCAUGUCAGGAUCUACAGGAAUCAUUCUUAACAAUGAGAUGGAUGACUUCAGCUCGCCAUAUAUCAUUAAUGGGUUCGAUGUUCCUCCUUCCCCAAGCAACUUCAUCAAGCCAGGGAAAAGGCCGAUGUCGUCUAUGUGUCCAACAAUCCUUUUUGACAAAAACAACAAUGUCAAAAUGGUAGUCGGAGGUUCAGGAGGAACAAAAAUCACUACUUCCAUCGCUCAGGUGAUUCUCAAAGCGCUCUUCUUCGGCUUCGAUGUUGAUAAAGCCGUCACAGACCCAAGGUUACACAACCAGCUAAGUCCCAACACCACUCAGGCGGAGUCUGACUUUGACAAAGAAAUCAUUGAUGGUUUGGCAAAGAAGAACCAUGUGACGGCGUUCCUCACGUCACCAGGAGCCGUAGUGCAGGCGGUGUUGCGUCGCGACAACAAGCUGUCCGCCAAGUCGGAUCCUCGUAAAGGGGGGUAUGCUGCCGGGUACUGAGGCCAUAAAUCCUUCACUGAUUAUGACAUUGCAGUAGCUGUUUGGACUUUAACAUCUUUCACACAACAUUAGAGACGAGAGACGAGGAACUCAGCGAAGCCAAACGACCAUCGUGACUCAGCGGAUUUUGUACAAACUGAGUUAUGUUCGUUGUUGUUGUUGUUUUUUUUUUUGUUUGUUUUUUUUACAAAACAGCACUUUUGUUAAUUCUAAUCUCUUCUUUAUUUAUAGACAACUUAAUUUAUUAUCAACCCCUUUUUUUAAAUGUAGUUUUACAGUUUUGUUCUAAAUCCAGUGUAAUUUAAAAAUUAUUAUUUGUGUUGUUCUUUCUGAAAUCACUGGCACCACUGAGCUGCUAUCGAGCCGCUUUUGGUUGUUGAA